AUCUCUUCCGCCGCCAUUUUCUCACUCGUACAGGUCUCCGCUGCUCUCCUGAGUAGUCCGGCCGCCCUUGCCCCCCCCCCCCUUCCCCCACUCAUGGAGGACGUGAAUGAGAUGAGCGGCGGCCCGGAGGAGUUCGCCGAGGGCUCCAAGAUCAACGCGAGCAAGAAUCAGCAGGACGACGGGAAAAUGUUUAUUGGAGGCCUCAGCUGGGAUACCAGCAAGAAAGACUUGACAGAGUAUCUCUCUCGUUUUGGUGAGGUCGUGGAUUGUACAAUUAAAACGGACCCGGUCACUGGACGGUCGAGGGGGUUUGGGUUCGUGCUCUUCAAGGACGCUGCCAGCGUGGAGAAGGUGUUGGAACUGAAGGAACACAAACUGGAUGGGAAGCUAAUAGAUCCUAAAAGGGCAAAAGCUCUAAAAGGGAAGGAACCACCAAAAAAAGUGUUUGUUGGUGGGCUGAGCCCAGAUACAUCUGAAGAACAGAUUAAGGAGUACUUUGGUGCUUUUGGCGAGAUAGAAAACAUUGAGCUUCCCAUGGACACAAAGACGAAUGAAAGGAGAGGCUUCUGUUUUAUUACGUACUCGGAUGAAGAGCCAGUAAAGAAGUUACUAGAGAGCAGAUACCAUCAAAUUGGUUCAGGCAAGUGUGAGAUCAAAGUAGCACAGCCCAAAGAGGUAUACAGGCAACAGCAGCAGCAGCAGAAAGGAGGAAAAAGCAAUGCAGCUGGUGGACGAGGAGGUGGAAGGGGGCGUGGACGGGGUCAAGGGCAAAACUGGAACCAAGGAUUUAAUAAUUAUUAUGAUCAAGGAUAUGGAAACUACAAUAGUGCUUACAGUGAUCAAAGCUACAGUGGCUAUGGAGGAUAUGACUACUCUGGGUACAACUAUCCGAAUUAUGGAUAUGGGCCAGGAUACACAGAUUACAGUGGUCAACAGAGCACAUAUGGAAAGGCAUCCCGUGGUGUCGGCAAUCACCAAAACAACUACCAGCCGUACUAAAGCAGUACCUAGUACGCGAGGAAACAG